GGCACGGGUUUUUGCCCUCCGGCCCCAAUAAAUCAAUCUUCAAAUUUCCUCUUGUCUCCCAGUGUCAGGCAGAAUCUGGAAUUAAUUGCUUCUGUACCCAAUUCUGGGAUUUCUCAUGUCCGGACUCACUGGAUUCUCCAGUUAAUUGACAUAAAGUCUUCAGAGAAGUCUCAGGCAUUUUUAUUUCAAAACCUGGACAAGUAUCUUAGCAUCUUGCAUGGAAAUCACCUCAUUCCGCAUAUAGAGUUCAUGGGAAAUCCUGGAGGAAUAUUUUCCAACAAAAGUUCAGUGGAAAAGAAAGCCGUAUGGCGGGAAACCGCUUUUGAAGCGGCGAAUCAUUUUAUCAAGAGAUUCGGCUUGAAAUACGUUAAUAAAUUCCGUUUUGAGACUUGGAAUGAACCUGAUCUGCAUAAUUACAAUAUCCUCAAUCUUACCAAGGCUGAAUUCAUAGACUAUGUGACUUCCAUCAGGAGUGGAUUAGCUGAAAUUGCAGAAAAUGUUCCAGGAUUUAAGUUCAAACUUCGAGGUCCAGCGGGACUGUUUCACAAAAGAGAACUCCAUCAGUUUUGCUACGGAAUCCUAGAAUAUUGUACGAAUACCUGCCCAAUCGACAUCCUGACCUAUCACAGGAAGGGUCAAGGAGAGUCUAAGGAGAUUUUGAGAGGCGGAAUUGAAUUAAUUAGGAAUUUGACUAAAGAAUUCCCCUGGAUUGCUCAAAUGGAAGUGUCUAACAAUGAAGCUGAUUUAAAAUCUGGCUGGUCACAUCCCUUGCCUAUGAACUCUGACGUGAGGUAUGCAGCAAAGCUCGUGGAGACUGUUUUUCUCCAUUGGGAUGCUAAAAUAAGAGGCGUUCUCAAGAAUCUCGAGACCAUUAGCCAUGAUAACGCUUUUCUAAGCUAUCAUCCUUAUGAAUUUUCCCAAAGAACCCUCCUGGCUCACUUCAGGAUGAACAACAGUCGUCCCAUUUAUUCAGAAUUCAUCAAGAAGCCGGUUUUAGGAGCUCUGGGAUUGCUAGCAAAUCUCGGAAAUAAAUUUCUGUCCAUGGAAAGGCGGCAAAAUAUUUCUUAUAUUUCCACAGUGAGCCAGGAUUCUGGGUUUUUUGGAAAUAUCCUUGCGGUGUCAACGAGAAAUCUUCCUGAGAAAUCCUUCAAAUUUACAAUUAAACUUCCUCCUGGGAAGAAUGUCACAGCAUUUGUUGAGAUUCUAGAUCAAAAAAGGACAAAUCCCGCUAGAUACUGGAAGAAAAACUCCUCUCCUCCUUAUCCUGGUCAAAGGAUCCUCCAGGGGAUGAGAAGAAUUCAAACCCAGAAGGUUUUAGUCUCACCAGAAUUCCUGAACAGUUCAGAAUUCUCAAGAAUCUUCAAGAUAUCCUCGCCAUUUGUCAUAUCUUUAAGAUUCUGUGAGGAAUCCUUGAAAAAUCCCCCUCAAAAGGUUGAGAAUCUCAGGUUCAAUAUUCUUUCAAGGGAGAGGAUAACAAUUCUCUGGAAUGACAAUUACCUACCUUCCCGAUGCUUGAAGAAUUACCAGGUCUUCUUCAAAGCAAAAAAUCGCCGUGGAUUGUGGAAGGAAAUCACUCAAGGAUGGCACGUACCUGACCUUUCAUUCGACUUCUGGCGUCCUUCGGGUGUUUCCGGAAUUUACAAAGUUCGUUCAGUGGAUAUUCUGGGUCGACGAGGGAAGUUCUCAAAGCCAGUUAUUGUCAAAAGUGCCUCUCUAUUUGCUCGUUGA